GAUAUGCAUGCAGCAUACAGUCUAAUGCGGGCGGCCGGAAAGGCGGUACGGUAUAUAGGGCGUCGGAUCCGUUGUGUUUUUAAGACAUUGAUGUCAUUGUAUUCGACUGAAAACACAGUCUGAGUACCGGUACGGUAGACAGGUCCAGCUUGUCCAACAAUUGGGGUUUGUGGAUUUUACUCAGUCCACCAUGUCUGCAGAAUACCUUUGCAACCCUCUCUACUAUGUGGAAGCUAUGAGACAUAAACACCCUCAAGUGCUAAAUGACUGGUGCUGCACAGAGUUGUCUCAUGUUCUAGAUUUCAGUGGAUCAGAUGGACUCGGUCAGGUGCUGGCGGGUGUUGUUGAUGUGCGCCAGGGAAAGACAUUUGUCAAAAAGUUUAGCAGAAACAAGCAGAGAGCCAAUUCUCAAAGUGGAAUAUUUGGUGCCCCUCUGACAGAAGAAGGUUACCGUCAGGCUCGGCAGCUCAUUGACUUCCUGAAGGAUUAUAUUACAAAGGAAGGUAUUUUCCGAAUACCUGGUAACUCCGAGCGUCAACGCCGUUUAAAAGACAAAAUCAACUGUGGCCUUUUGGUCGACCUUGAGAAUGAUAUAUUCACUGCACAUGAUGUAGCUUGUGUCUUGAAGACAUUGCUUGGAGAUCUACCAGAACCACUGCUCACAGACAGGCACUAUCCUGCUCAUGUACAAGCUGCAGGUCUGACAUAUGAAAUGGAUCAAGUUCAAAGUCUGACAGAAGAGAUUGGGAAGAGGUAUCAAGCCAAGAACACCCAGGACCAUAUUACAGCAUUACGAUAUCUCUUCCUCAUGCUUCCACCAGUCAACUUCAAAACGUUGAGAGAAAUUCUGGAGCUUCUGUAUUGCAUCACUGAACAGGAAAAUCUGAAUAAGAUGUCUGCCUUUAACCUGGGCAUUAUGUUCGCACCACACAUCCUAUGGCCAAGAUAUUUGACAACUGAAGAUCUUCGAAAUCAGGUUCUCGUCAACAAACUCAAUUGUGGCGUAGAGUUUAUGAUCACUCAGUAUCACAAAAUCUUCAAGGUGCCAGCUAAGAUGUUGAAAAGAUGUGAGCAGUAUAUUAAACAUGGCAGGCUUAUAGAUGAAGAAGAACCAGCAGUACUUGACCAAAUGCAGCCACAGGAUGAAUGUGACAGUAAAUCCAAAACUGCUCUUGUUAUUGGUGCUCCACAAACACCAAAUGUUGAAGUGAAGAAGGAACAAAACCAGACUGAAGCUGCACUUGCUCAGCUCUAUGCCAGUGUCCAAGAAAUGCCGCCUAGCUCAAAGAAGAGGAAGCUGAUGAAACAGUUUGCUAAGAAUUGCAACAUGCCAGGAACACCUACACGAGUUAAAGAAGACAUCUUGUUAAGAAGUCAAGAAGGAUACAGUAGGCCCCGUAAGCAUGUGCGCAGUAAAUCUGUAGGAGAUGCUAUUUGUAAACAUACGGAAGCUCCCAUGCAUGUAAAAAGAAGACGAGCAGCUCCUAAUCCUCCAGCAGAACAUGAUGAUAAGAUUGUACAGCAGAGGAUGAAUAUGCGUGACACCAGACAUGAACUUGUGGAUCAGCUUCAAAGGAAUCGUUCCCAUACUUGUACUGCCCCUUCCACCUCUAAGACUACUACUGCCAUCUUAGCACAUCCAGCUACAUACAGUGAAUGCAGUGUGUCUCCUGCUAAAUCUCGCCAGAAGAGGAAGGCUCCUCUCACUCCUAAACAACGAGAAGGGCAACAACUAGCUGCUGCAACUAAGUCAUCAGGAGUAAUGAAACCUGUCCCAUCUGAACGCUCUUCAUUACAAUCAUGGAAACAGCAAAGUGAUAGACCUAUUCACAACACCUCACAGUCAAAUGGAUCAGCUGUUAACAGGCCAGUCCCAAAGCCAAGGAAACUCAAGGAAAACAGCCAAGGUUCAUCUGUUCGUCAUGGUAGCAGUCAUCCAAAACCAAAAAUAGGACAGAAACAUGAGCUUAAUAGUCUGGUGUAAGUCCAACAACGUGAUGGGAAACAAACCCAAUUUGUUUUUAAAACAGACAAAAUAAGAUUGGAUAUUUUUAAUGUAAACUACAUGUACAUUGUAAAUUUUCUACCAAUUAAUUGUUCCUUUUAAUGUUCUUAACUUUGAACAUUACUUUUCAUUUUCACUGAAAGCCCACUUUAUCAUUUGAUAUCUUUGAAGGGUGGACAUUUCUGUAAGUUGGCCACCCUUUGAUACUCAAAACGUGUUUAUUUACUUAAAACUUUAUCAUAUCCCUAAACACAACGUUUAAAGGGAAUAUGCAACAUUUGCUUUUGCUGUAAUUUUCAGAAAAUGAUGGAUUUGGGAGAUUAGUAUUUUACAGCAAAUAUUGUUACCUUGACUUGUUUGACUUUUGAAUUCAUUGAUGCCGGGACAAAAACCAAGAAAAACAAUCCUGUUCUUGUAGUCUGGUUCCCUGACCCCACCUAAGAUGAAACGGAACAAUGUAUAGAUGUCCGGAAAAUUGUAAGGUCAGGAAAUCAGUCUAACUGGCUUGUGCCCACCCGUUCAACAGGUGUGUGAUUGAUUGCAAAGAAAAUGCAGACUUGCAACUAAAUACAUGUAUGAUAACUUGGGAGCAGUAUUUGAAGAAAAAAAAUAAGUUUUUCCAACGCCGGUCAGCAGACCAGCGUUUGAAAUUGAUACAAAAAUACCACUUUUCUUGAAAGUGUCGGCACACCAGGUUUCAUGAUUUUACAGGAUAACAGUACUGUCAUUCAGUAACAGUCCAGUAAAAAGUUAUUUCAUGAUAAUAUGAAAGUUUUGCUGUUUCAUGUUUGCAAAUGUAUGGAAUAUAAAUGUAUGGAACAUACUUUAAAAGCAAGUUGUCUUUUUUUAAGAUUUAAUGUCAAGUUUUUUAACAAAAUACAGUAAUACUGUGCCUCAUGUGUCCUGUAAGGAUCAAAUAGGUCAGGUUUAGAGGCAUGAUAAAGGUAAACAUGAUGAACAUUAAUAUUUUCAAACCCCUGAUGGUCAGGGGUUCUAAUCCAGCUGCUGGUCAUAUAUCGCAUCCUUAGGCAAGCCGCUUUACCCCUAGUGCCUUUCUCCACUCAGGAGUAUAGAUCUCUCUCAUUCUGAUCUCUCAAAUAGGAUCUCCAUAGGAAAAUAAGCUGCGUAUCCAACGCCAUGAAGUGCGUGUGGGUGCAGUGUGCAAAAUGUUCCAAACAAAAAAAUGACGCCCAAAAUGCUGAUGCGUUUGAGAGAGACCUAUAAAUAGGGACUGGCAUUAGCUGGGGAGUAACCUGUAAUGUCCAGGGGGAGUAGAAAUCUUGUCAGUCAUUUUAUGCUGUAACCGGAGAUGUACGCUGGCAUGAUGGGCCACAUUGGCUCUUUUUAUAUCUCAAACAAUUCCACAACUAAUAGGGCUCAGAUCCUUUUUUCUUCAAAUAUUAUUAAACCUAUAGAUGCAUAAUUUUUUUACAUUUGAUUUAGAUUAUAUGUAUGACAGAAGCUGAUUUAGAAUCCAUUUGCAUGUGUCAGUUAUUAAAGUGUUCCAGACUACAUCUGGCUGUAAAUAUAAGGCUUAUCAGAGGAUACACAGUUGGGUAGUCAGGUUUUUAAGAUUUUUGUAUCACAUUGUAACCAAUAGAACUAAAUGUGGCAGAUAUACUGGCCAUUAAGUACACAUUGCAGGACAGGUAUAUAGUUUUGUAAGAAUGUGGAGGAAAUGCAAACUUUCUGACUUCAA